GAAUCUGAAACUGAAAUGAGGAAGGUGGGUAGAGGAACCAUAAAAACAAAGCCACAAAUUGUACAGCCGCACAACAUUGAAUGCUUUUAUCACCAGGCCCAUUUAACAGGAAGUAUAUGUUGGCUGCGCGUCGUGGAUGCAGCUGGCCAACUGGAUGCAUGUUCCAGAGUGAGAAGCACCUGGCUGUCAAGACAGGAGCCAAGAUGUUAGUGGGUCACCGGCGAGGAAAGAGCAGCCCCUCUCUUUCUGCACAUGGUUCUCAAUACAAAGGGCUCUUGCUGAUCUUGCUAGGGCUUGCAGUGCUUGUGUCGUCUUGUCUUGCAGCAGUCUCGCUUUACUAUGUUACUGUCUUGAAAACAGAACUAGCCCUUCUGACAAGCAAGCUAAACUCCAGGGUCCAGGCGCGGCUUCCAUCCUCACUGUCCUUGGGGUCUCUGGAGAAAAGGAAAGAGGCCAAUCCAUUUUUUCCCCACUGGAAGAAGUCAGAAGGUGCUACAAGCCAGGGGGCUGCUUUUGGACCACAUCCGAGUAGCCAAGAGACAGUGCGGACUGGAGAGCAACACAGGAGGAAAAGGUCUUCAGGUGAAACAGUACUACAGUCAUGUCUGCAACUGAUGGCUGACAGCAAAAGGAACAUUCAGCAAAAUGAUGAUUCAAGUCUGGUUCCUUGGCUUCUUAGUUUCAAAAGAGGAACUGCUCUGGAAGAGCAAGGGAAUAAAAUACUGGUCAGAGAAACUGGCUACUUUUUCAUUUAUGGCCAGGUUUUAUAUACAGAUGAAAUGUUUGUAAUGGGACAUUUGAUCCAGAGGAGAAAGGCUCAUGUUGUUGGGGAUGACCUCAGUCUGGUGACAUUAUUCCGCUGCAUCCAAAGCAUGCCGGCCACCAAUCCUAAUAACUCUUGUUAUACUGCUGGCAUUGCAAAAUUAGAAGAAGGAGAUGAACUUCAGCUGACCAUACCACGGAGAGGAGCUAACAUUGUUUUGAGCGGUGAUGCCACCUUUUUUGGUGCAGUCAGACUUCUGUAGCAUUCUUGUGCUUCUCAUUAAUUUCCCAGCAUCUUUCCAAUCCUUUCACACAAAAAUGAGUGUAAUAUGAAGUCACUCUUGUUGAGUUCGUUGUUGGUUUCUUUUUAGUCCGAUUAAUUGUGGCGUACUUUGCUAUUUGAUUAAAACUUCUUCAAAACAGGAACUUCAAUAGACAUGCUUUGCAUUAGCCCUCCCUCUCAUGUGGGUUUACCAGAAAUGAAACUUUUUCGUACAAUACAAAUAGCAGUUGCCAUGUAAGAACCUAAGAGGAGCUGUGCUAGAUCAGAUCAAAGGAAUCGUCUAGUUUAGUGCUUUGUUUGCAAAGGUGAAGUAACCAUUUAUGUUCAUCUCAGCCCUCUUUGCCCUAACCAACAUAAAUCAGAGGGUUAAAACUUCCAUCAGGUUUCGUUUUUUGGAGAAGAGGGAAAUAAUAUAACCUCUGCUGAGCUCUAUGUAUGGUGUACCAUAAGAGUAAAAAUGUGGAUUGUUACACUUGGUAUAUUUUUAUAUAUUUUACUAGCUUAGGUACCCGGCGUUGCCCAGGUUAUCUGAAAAAGUCAUUUUUUAAUUGUACAAAAUGCAUAAGGUUGUGUGUGUACUACAACUCACAUCAUGCCAGGUUAACCCCAAGAAACUCUGUCAGUACUUAAAGUUUCUUAUGUUAGGCAAGUUUGCUCUAGAUGCAUCAUGGAUGGGGUUCAGUAUGCUCUCUAGCUGUAGGGUAAACUACAACUCCUACUAUGGUGAGCCAGUCCCCUCAAAUCCCUCCAGUAGGCUGAGUUAGUCUUGGGGCUUCUGUGUGCCAAAUCUGGUCCAGGUCCAUCAUCGGUGAAGGUCACAGUUUCUCUGGUUGUGGGUGAACUACAACUCCCAGGAAGGAAGGUCAGUUCCCCCAAUCCCAUCCAGUAAUCAAAUUUCAGCAUAUCAGGUAUGUGUGCCAAGUUUGGUCCAGAUCCUUCAGUGUUUGGGUUCACAAAUGCUGUGCACUACAACUCCCCCUAAUCAAGGUGAAUUUUCCUCAAAGACCUCCAAUAUUUUUUGCUGGUCAUGGGGGCUCUGUGUGCCAAGUUUGAUCCAAUUCCAUCUUUGGUGGAGUUCAGAGUCCUCUUUGAUUGCAAGUGAACUAUAAAUCCCAGUACCCACAACUCCAAAAUGUCCAGGCCAAUUCCCAUCAAAACCCACCAGAAUUAAAAUUUGGGCAUAUCAGGUAUACAUGCCAGAUCCAUCAUUGUUUGGGUUCAUAGUGAGCUCUGGAUGUAGGUGAACUACAAUUCCUAUAAUUCCCUUCAAAGACCUCCAGUAUUUUGUGUUGGUCAUGGAGGUUCUGUGUGCCCAGUUAGUCCCAGUGCUCUUAGAUUGCAGGUGAACUAUACAUCCCAGUACCUACAACUCCUAUAAAUCAUGGUGAAUUUUCCCCAAACCUUUUCAGUAUAAUCAGUUGCUGAUCAAUUCAUAUGGCUGUGUGCCAUAGAGAAGAAUAGGAAAGGGUUAAGGGAGAGGCAGUGGGCAAGGUCAUGCAAAUUCCACACCAAUGGAAAGAGGAAUAAACACUGGAGCGUCUGUGGUGGAGGAAAAACAGAAAAUCUAGGAUGAAACUGCCCUCCUAUGAAAGCCUUCACUCGGGUGGUGGGCAGUAUGGUGUUUGUGGAGGACAUUGGCUGGGCUCUUGGACAUGUUCAUGGCACUUGCUAUAACCUGCUAUGUCUUUGGAGGGAGGACCAUUGGGGUCUCCAGGGUAGUGGCAGCUAUAGCUGUUUGUGGAGGCAGGAGCUUGUCUGUGUAAGUGGACACCCCAGCCACAUACACACAUACAUAUUUUCACUUUUAUUAUGUGUAUAGAGAGAAGAUAGGUUGGAUUCAAAUGUUUAUAAUAUUUUUAUUGAAUACUUCCAAAAUAUUUUCACACAAGAGGGAAAUAUGAAACAGUUGGGUAAAAAGCAAAGAAGGGGAGGUAGGGGUAAUGGAGUUAUUGUUAAUAGGUUAACUUUUUACAAAUAUCCAAUAUGCCACCAGCAAAGAGGGAGGGGGGUUAGUAGGCAGAGGGAAAGACAUUGUAUGAAAUUAUAAUUGUUAAAUCUAAUUCUUCAUCUCUGUUACCCUUACACACAUUGUUUAAGGUAUUAAAAUGUUACUAAUUCCAUAUAUCCUCAGUAACAAGAAAGAGGAAUAAUAUUGUCAUCUAAUUUUGAAACGGAGCCCCCAGUGGCGCAGCGGAUUAAACCGCUGAGCUGCAAAACUUGCUGACCGAAAGGUCUGCAGCUCUAAUCCGGGGAGCAGGGUGACCUCCCGCUGUUAGCCCCAGCUUCUGCCAACCUAGCAGUUCAAAAACACGCAAAUGUGAGUAGAUCCAUAGGUAUCGCUUCAGCGGGAAGGUAAUGGCGCUCCAUGCAGUCAUGCCUUGAAGGUGUCUACGGACAAUGCCAGCUCUUUGACUUAGAAAUUGAGAUGAGCACCAACCCCCAGAGUUGGACACGACUAGACUUAAUGUCAGAGGAAAACCUUUACCUUUACCUAAUUUUGAAAACCUAAUAGUCGUGUCUUCUUAUAUUUUCUGUAUUAUUCCAUCUUCUUCUUGGCUCCUCCUCCAGCUCUUCUUCAUUAAAAGUUCAUCUUGAUUGUUCUUAUUUAGAUUAUUUCUUUUAACUCUCUUAACUCUUUCAUCAAAUUUUAAUUAUUAUCUUCUAAAUUAUCUAAAGGUUUAGUUUAAUCUGUUAGUCAAUUGUUGUGAAGACAAAAAUUUACUAUGUAUCACUAUCAUUCUUGCCCCCUCAAAUGGAUUCAAAUGUAAUCAUAUGUCCAAUCAAAGGGUCUGCUCUGAAUAUGGGCCCUUCCUGACAAGCCCUAUAUCCCAACAUCUGAUCCCAGGUUUUCUGCUUUAAUCUGGAUUAUAUGAGGCCACACUGCCAGAUAAUCCAGGAUUAACAGAAAACCUGAGAUCAAAUCCUGGGAUAUAAGGACCUGUCUUACACAUAUCUAGACCUAUGUAUUCAGAGAAAUACCACUGGAGUAUAUUCCCAUAAUUGCCUUUCCACAAGCAGGUGUAAUUCCUUUCAAUGGGAUUUAAAUAAUAGUAGCUGUAAGAAAGAUUGCAACUUUACAUUUAAAAGGCAUUUAACAGUCAAAGACGAAAUAACAGGUGUGCUCUGUUAAUUUAUAUAUAAUCAUGCAUGUAUCAUGUUUGCUAAAGUGUUUGCAAAUGAUUAUUAAAAAUUUUACGAGCAAUUCAGAAGCAAA